UUGUUCAGUUCGUUGUAAAACACAAGUGUGUGUUUGUUAUUCAGACCAGGUGCUGGCAGUGGUCGUCCCCAGUCUUUACCUCUUAUUGUCCACAUGAAAGGGAAGGUUUUAACUUUUAACGUGUCAACAGCAGCUUCUUGAAAACCAGUGAAGCGUGUAUAACACAUCCAUACAUUCAAGUCGUCAGUCCAGUGAGUUUUACUUUUCACACGAGGGUGAGUAACCUUCAGAGAGCUGCACCUUGACACAGGGGCGUGGACAAACCCAACAUAUAAAGCUCUGUGACUUCUUACCUGCCAUUAUUUCACUUGCCUAAAAUCCCAAGAGGGACCCGCUGCCACGAUGCUGACUUCCAUCCAGCUGAUUGUUUUGCUUUUUUCGACGAGCAUUGGCUCAGCUGGUGCAGAGAAACUUUUUCACAAUCGAGACCACUCUGAUGUUCAGAAUUUUCAUCAAGCUAAGGUCAUAUCAGACGAGUUUACGGCAGAGUUGUUUCUCUCUAGAUAUGGAUUCAUUAAGGGUGUGCACUGGGAGGAGGUCCAGUCUGAAGAGGCCGUCAUGUCUUUCAAUGAAGACUUCCUGAGUGACUUUACUGGACCCCUGAUCCAGGAAGGCAUCUCCGUACCUCAUUCAAGGGGCACCGGAGAUCGAGCUGGUGACAAACCGAGAGCGAACAAAGCGUUUAUUUCAGCACUUAAAGAGUUUCAGAAGCUGUCGGGGCUGGUUGUCACUGGUGUGUUUGACGAAGCCACCAAGGAGGCGAUGAACAAACCGAGGUGUGGGGUCCCUGACACAGAGAGGGACCCUGGAAACAGUAGUGCAUCUGAUAUUGAAACCACCUUUAAUGAGACCCACGUUAACAAUGGGGUGUCCUUUAGUCCUGCAAACGCCUCUGAGGAUGGUUUGUUCAAUGCAAGUGACACAGAGAGGCCUCUGGCAAACAUUUUUAAUGACACUAAUAUGAACGACACACAUGAUGUGAAUGGGUUUGGUUCCGUUUCAAAUAACGCUUCGAUGACCAGCUCCAAUGAGAGUCAAACGGUGAACGGCAGCGUGAACGUGCCUCACAGUGGAGCAGCACGCCGCGGGAAACGCCACAUCGCUGCUCUCGUCUCCAGACGCAGGACUAAGAGAGACGCGGGUGAAACGGGCUACAUGGCUUUUUCUAAGAAAGUGUUGAGGUGGAGGCUGAUAGGAGAAGGCUACAGCAGCCAGCUGUCCAUAGAAGACCAGAGGUACAUCCUCAGAAUGGCCUUUAGGAUGUGGAGUGAAGUGUCUCCACUGGAGUUUGUGGAGGACACGCGUUCCCCGCUGGAGGAUGUUGAUAUCAGGUUGGGAUUUGGCACAGGGAGGCAUCUCGGAUGCAACCAGAGGUUUGACGGCACUGGUCAGGAGUUUGCCCACGCCUGGGUCCUGGGUGACAUACACUUUGAUGACGAUGAGCAUUUCACUGGCCCCAAUGCUGGCAGUGGGAUCAGCCUUCUCAAAGUGGCAGUUCAUGAGAUUGGCCACGUCUUGGGUCUCCCCCACAUCUACAGGCCUGGAUCUAUCAUGCAACCCAGCUAUUUGCCGCAGGAGUCAGGCUUUGAGAUGGACUGGAUGGACAGGAAGGCCAUACAGCACCUAUACGGUGGCUGUAGGGGUCGAUUCAGCACCGUGUUUGACUGGAUCAAAAAGGAGAAGACGCCCUACGGGGAGGUGAUCCGCUUUAACACUUAUUUCAUGAGAGGCGGCUGGUACUGGUUGUAUGAGAACAAAAACAACCGAACGCGCUAUGGAGACCCCGUGGCCUUACAGAUCGGCUGGCGCGGGAUUCCCAAGGACGGGGUGGACGCGUACGUGCACGUGUGGUCCAGAAAAAGAGACGCCAUGUACUUCUUCAAAGGUACUCAGUUCUGGAGGUACAACAGUGAGAAUGACCAGGUGUUCCACCAGGACCCAGAAGGUCAUCAGUAUCCAAUGUUAAUAUCCAAAGGUUUUCCAGGAGUAUCUGGUCCCAUUGACACGGCCUUUUACGAUAGGAGGGACUCCCUGAUAUACUUCUUCAAAAACACUCUCGUGUACGCAUUCGACGUGGAAGCCAACCGUUUGGCAAGAGGCUUCCCCAAAACCAUCACGGAUGCGUUCCCUCCAGUAGUGAGCGGGGACCAUCCAGAUGGCAGCGUCGACGCCGCGUACUUCUCCUACACCCACGGCGCUCUCUUCCUCCUGAAGGACACGCGCUUCUGGCAGGUGGUGGGCAGCCGCGAUCGCUGGCGCCGGCCCUCGCUGCCGCGCAAUGGCCUGCUGCCACACAAGGAGGUGGAGCAGCGCUGGUUCGACAUCUGCAACGUCCAUCCCACGGCGCUCAGGCUGAGCCGCUGAGGCCGUGGACGUGCAACGAGCCCCUGCUUCUGUUGUAUGUACGUGAUGCGAGGCGGCGCCCAUGCAAACGGUGCGGAUGAGACAAAAAUAGUUUAUUGGCUGAUGUGUUAUUAAUGCAGCCAUCAGCUGCCCGUUUCUCACUAAAAGGUGCCAAAUGCAAGCUCCCAUAAAAACCUGAGCAAAGUGCCUGUAUAUUAUAUUUAUUAUGAGAAUGAGAGUGAGUUCUGCUUGAUAAUGUCACAGAAAAGGAAGCUGUCAUAUAUAAUAGCAGAUAAAUAUAAAGGAUCCCUGUAGUGUUUUAUUCUUUCCGUACUAUAAUGGUAAAAAGGAUACAGCUUUAAACCAUAAGCACACAUUAUGAGGUUAAUUUGGAAGAAUUAUUUGUCAGUAAAUGUCUGUGUAGUGAUUCAUUUCUUUGAAUUUGUCCUUCUUCUAAGAGAUUGCAUUGAGCGUUUACAGUCUGUCAGUCAAAACGAGGCUAUUGUAUUGUAAUUUAGACUGAAAUAAAUGACUGAACGGGGAAUUUGUCUCAUUUCUUAAUGCUAUUCAGUUUUAUAAUAAUCAUUAGAACACGGUGUAAAGAAGCAGACAUUGAUUUUGAAAUCAAUAUGUCACUAGAACACUCUCAUUAAUUCCACUCAUCUUAGGAGAUUAAGCUCCCGGUGGUCCCGGCGUAACCAGCGCUGUGCUCCAGGCGCUCCACAGGCCGUAUUAAUGAGUGAAAGCAGAAAUCAAUUACAA